AUCGGCUGUUCUGGCCUUUCAUUUGAGUUUGUGUACUUUGGACCCGAGCAGCCAUGAACACAGCCGGUGGCGUUCAUCAAGGCUACCUCAGGAAAUACGGGGGCUUCAUGUUGAAGCAGUGGAAGGACAAGUACGUGGUUCUCACCGUGGAAGGAAGUCUGCUGGUGUGCCGCCAUGCCCAGUCUCCGCCCGACCAGGUGGUGGAGCUGCAGAGCCACUGCGAGUCCGUGGUGGAGGGCCGCGAGAUCCUGGACCUGCCCCGGCUUCCCGCGGGGGCCCGCAGGGACUGCUGCUUCGCCCUGGUCCUGCAGAGCAGCAAGUUCCUGCUGCUGCUCACCGACAACCCCGACGACUGCACGCUGUGGCUGAAGCUGCUCAGGAAGGUCCGAGAGGGCGUCAUGUCGCCUGCCGGCCUGCAGAGGCAGUGCAGCGUCACCCGCUGCUUCAGCGACAGAGACCCCCCGCCCGACUCCCCCGGCGACAAGGACCCCCCCGGCUCGCCCAGGGUCAGUGAGGGCACGCCGCCGUCCGCUCACGUCUCCGAACGCGGCGGCUCCUUCAGAGACGGAGGCGGAGUGCGGCGGUCUCUGCGCGGCGUGCCCGUGGCGCCCCCUCACCGCGUGUCGGACUGCCUUCGCCACGGCAACAGCAGCGACGCCCGGGCGGUGAGGGCGGUGUGUCUGCUGAUGGGGGGAGCGGCGGCCUCCUCCGCCCUGGGCUACCUCCAGUCCUGCUCGCCGCCCUCCCCGCUGGCCGGCCGAGCGCCAGAGUUGGUGCACGAAUCGGGCGUCUUCUCCGAGGCGGCGGCGGGGGGGUCGUGCCACGCCUGCGGCCAGGACGCCGACACCCACACGGACUUCAACAGCUUCGACUUUGAGGGCGACUCCGACUUUGACUUCGACUGCGGGGGCUUCGCCUUUUAAAGAAGGGGGCUGCACCUUGAAGAUGAAGAUGCUUCUUCCUGGCCAGGUGCUAACCCUCCUCACAGUCCCAUGGCUUGGUUGUCACAUUUCUUCCUCCACAAUAAUACACGUUGGAACCUCAAAAAAAUGAACAUUUACUUUGGUUUUUGCAGGUCUUUUUUACUGUCUUCGCUUUUAUUUUGACGGUACAAUUCUGGCGAUGGAAGUUCCAGUUUUGUUCUGUAAAAUCUACUUUCAUUUUUACAAUGCACUAUUUUUAUUGGAAAAACUCGAGCAUGGUUAUUUUUACAGUAAAUGUAGUUUUAAGCUGCCAGUUGUUGUUUUUUUUUACUGUGGCGACUUAUUUUACGGUCAAAUGUUUCAGUGUGAAAUAUAAAUUGAGAGGGAGGAACAAACACUUGAAGAAAUAAAUUGAAAUGUACAAAUGAAUGUUCCAUGUGAUCAAAAGUGACAACCAAGCCCACAAAGACUUUUUAUUCUCGUAUUACUUUGACACUUACAU